AUGCAGGGAGUCAAAAAGAGCCAUUUGUAUCUCUGGAUGGAGCACUACGGAUACGAUAGGCCUGCAAGUUCCAGGGUGUAUUCUCAGCUCUCCAGAAGAAGACGCAAAGCAAACAAAAAGGUGUUAUCGAGCACGUCGAAGUCCACUAAACUAAACGGCAGCAUUGGCUAUGACGGAAAUGAAGAGACAACCACAUUCACUAACGGAAGUAGCAUUGACAGUAUAUCAUAUCCAGAUGACAUGAAAUUGUCAAAUUGCAUGGACCCCACCAGUGAAAAAAGAUAUGAAAAUGAUUCGUCAUUAUACACCAUUGACGGAACUUUGAACAACAGCACAACCCUGUAUGAACUGAAUUCCUUGAGUGAAUUAUUGAAAGAAGUAUAAGUUAUACACUAAUACCUGAACGAUUCUGCUUUGCUACGUGGUAAAGAAGCUGCCAGCGAAUUCCAAGUCUCAAGUAUAAUGAAAACACACUCAUCUGUGUCGACCAGCAUUCUCAGCACAUCUGAAUUAAUAUCAGAAGAAAUCCAGGAAGAGCAAAUCAACAAAUGCAAGUUAAACCAGAUCUCCAAGCUGUACGACGAGGACGAGCAUGUUGACAUCCGAGAGUCAUACUGGAGCACAGUUAAGAAAUUUGUGCAUUUCCUUGUGUCCUCAGUUGCCUUCAGAAUAUUUGGAAUACUCCUGAUCUUUCUGGAUGUAUUUCUUGUGGCUAUCGAUCUACGUGCCACUGAAAAGAAUAUUUAUAUUCCUUUGGAAUAUCGGGCCAUUUCUUUAGCUAUUGCUUUAUUUUUCCUUGUGGAUGUUCUUCUCCGAGUGUAUGUGGAAGGGAGACAGCGUUAUUUCUCUGACGUGCUGAACACCCUAGAUGCUGUUGUCAUCGGCGUGACUGUGCUCGUGGCUGUCAUUUAUACACUUUAUGACAAACAGUUUCUCAGAAAUAUCCCAAGACUGGCAGUCUUACUUCGGCCUCUGCGACUGCUCAUCCUGGUAAGAAUUUUGCAGCUGGCCCAUCAGAAGCGACAACUGGAAAAGCUGACUCGGCAGCUGGUUUCGGGUAACAAGCGACGCUACAAGAAGGAUGGCUUCGACCUGGACCUCACUUACGUCACUGAGCGCAUUAUUGCCAUGUCGUUUCCAUCAUCUGGAAGGGAGUCCUUCUAUAGAAAUCCAAUUAAGGAGGUUGUCAGGUUCCUGGACACCAAGCAUCCAAACCACUAUCAAGUCUACAAUCUAUGCAGUGAGAGAUCUUAUGACCCUAAGCGCUUCCACUACAGGGUCCGCAGAAUCAUGAUUGAUGAUCAUAACGUACCUACCCUCGAGGAAAUGUUGUUGUUCUCCAAGGAAGUAAAUGAGUGGAUGGCCCAAGAUCCUGAAAAUGUUGUAGCAAUUCACUGUAAGGGAGGAAAAGGGAGAACCGGAACCAUGGUGUGUGCCUGCCUCAUUGCCAGUGAAAUAGUCCUAAACGCAAAGGCAAGUCUGUACUUUUUUGGAGAGCGACGGACAGAUAAAAGUAACAGCUCUAAGUUUCAAGGAGUAGAGACCCCUUCUCAGAAUAGAUAUGUUAAAUAUUUUGAAAAACUGAAAACUAGCUACCAAUUGACUCUUCCUCCAAAAAAAGUACUCGUGAUAAAAAGAUUCACCGUUUACUCCAUUCAUGGUGUUGGAAAAGGCAAUGGAAGUGAUCUAGAAAUACAAAUAAUGAUGUGGCAGGAGACGAUUUUUUCCUGUUUUAAUUCCAAAAAUUGUAUGAUAUUUCAUGAUGUUGAAACAGACAAAGUAAUAAUUAAUGUGCUCAACUGUCCAGCUCUAUAUGAUGAUGUGAAAGUGAAAUUUCUCUGUCCGAAUCUUCCUAAAUACUAUGAUGACUGCCCCUUUUUCUUUUGGUUUCAUACAUCUUUUAUUCGAAAUAACAGGCUUUAUCUACCAAGAAGCGAAUUGGAUAAUACCCAUAAACAAAAAACAUGGAAAAUUUAUGGUCCAAAGUUUGCAGUCCAGGUGUAUUUUGAGGAGGUAAACUCCACGGUUAUGUACUAGCUGUUGAAUAAGUGCCGCUCCCCUUCUUGGAUAGAAUUAUGUUCCAGAUCCGUGCUACAUAGUCAUGUCUUCUAACCUAUGUUUUUGAUGGUAUGUCCGUAUUUUAUAUAUAUGUGAGUGUAUAUGCAUGUACAUAUGUUUCUGGGAAAUAUAUUAA